GAGUUUUUUUCACUUUUUUUGCAGGUGGUGUAGGGAUGAUGUGCUCACUGAGCGAACAAGGCAAGCAACUGGCAAUCCAAGUGUCCAACAUCCUGGGUAUGGACGUGUGUGGCAUUGACCUACUGAUGAAGGACGACGGUUCAUUCUACGUCUGUGAGGCCAAUGCAAAUGUAGGUUUCAUUGCCUUUGACAAGGCUUGCAAUCUAGAUGUAGCUGGUAUCAUAGCGGACUAUGCCACUUCUCUCCUAACCCCCGGUCGCUUGACGCGGCGCAUGUCCUUACUCUCUGUGGUGUCCACGGCAAGCGAGACUAGCGAGCCUGAGCUGGGCCCUCCAGCUAGUGCCGUUGUCGACAAUAUGAGUGCUAGCUCCAGCUCUGUCGACAGCGACCCUGAGACCACGGAGAGAGAGUUGCUCACCAAGCUCCCGGGGGCUCUAUUCAACAUGAACCAGCUAUUAGCCAAUGAGAUCAAACUUCUUGUGGAGUGAUGCCACAUGUAAAUAGAUGACCAACAGAACUCUCUUGUAAAAUUUUCUUUGAAACCAACUUGCAGUGCUGUUUAUUAGAGAAACUCAGAGAAAUGAGGAAAGGAGAAUCAGUCAAGAGAGCAAGAUUAAAAGGCAUGUGUUCUGUGACAGCUGCCUCUAUUUUUUUGCAGAACGUAAUACUGUGAUAAUUCUUCAGCACUAUUGUUGUAAUGAAGAUGUUUAAUUUACAGCCUAAAUGGGAGUUUUAUUUAGAUGCUGCUUUAGUUCUGCAACAUAUUGCAGUGCAUGGGUGUUUGCAGGAAAGCAUUGAAAUAUGUUUAACUGGAAGAUUUUCAGAAAGUUCUGGCAGCUCUCUAGAAACCUUUGUGAAUUAAUGCAGCAGUUAACUAUCUUGUGCUCUCUAAGGCUUGAUCCUGUAAAUUGCUGACUGCCUUUAAUUGUCAGUGAGAGUUGAAGGUGUUAAAAGGCCAGGUAUAUAAAACUCCUGGAUGCCUACUAUUCCCACUCUUGUGGUAAAUUCAGCAUAGUUUUGAAAUCAUCUCUUUCAGACCUUACAGGGUGUGGCCCUUCAAAUGUUGAGACAGAGAGUGUCAGUUGCCCUAAUGUGAGCUUCUGUACAAGUCUCAAAUUGGUGCCAUCUUGAUAUUAACAGGCAGAUUUGUGUCUGUUUUUCUUUGAGACAUUUGAAAGAGGAUUUCUAGUACCUCAGAUUUUUUCACUUCAAAUCCUGAGUUUGGGAGGUAUGCAGGGGAAUGGGUCAUGUUAUACUGUGGUAGAAGUGGCACAUUUUAACUAUUUUUUGCAUGGUUGGAGGAGUUAAACAGCACUGUAAUGUUUGGUGUAUAAAAUAAUGUUUAAUCCAAUGUGAAAAAAAAUUACACUAGUUUAAAAAAAAAAUGUGCAUUGGCUUGUAUUUGUUAGUGUUUUAGUCAUUUUGAGAGAGAUCUGCAAUGUUAAUGUUCCUUUUUUUUUUUUU